UCUUCACUUCUCAGCUUUUUCUAAUCUGCUUUCUUUGACUCAAAGGGGUUUUUGUGGACAAAUCAAAACCACAAAAAGUUUCGAUUUUUACCCAUUUCACCGCCGCUGGAUCGCUUCACUCUGAGUUGCAUGAGCUGCCAUCUCUUCCGCAGACAUAAACAUUUCUCUACAAUAACCAAAUUUUGUACAAAGGAUGGGGUGUUUCACUGUAUUGAAGAGCAAGAAGAAAAAGUCUGAUCAGAUCGUGCAUGCAAAACGUGUAACCCAUAACGAGCAUAUACCUACAGUACUGCCUGAACCUCAAAUUCAUACUCGCUCACUCCAAUCUGCACCUCCUAGUUUUAGGACCAGAGUGAAACCCAUUCAGCCCGUUAAUAAAAUCACUAAUAAUAGAGCACGAGCAUUAUCUGCUCCAUCAACUCUUGAUGCAGCAGAACAAGAUGCUUUGGCCUCAAUUGAGUAUGAGGAACAAGAAGAGUCAAAACAUCGAACUGGAUCAAUGAAGGAACAACGUUCAUCUAGUCCACAACCUUUACCGCUUCCAUCUCCCCAGGGCGGUGCUGCAUUGAAGGCUGUUGGCAGCUUUAAGUUGGGGACAUCUACUGGUCCUCUAUAUGCUUCUGGACCUUUGCCGCUUCCUCCUACUGGGUCACUCCGGAACUUUGUGUAUGAGGAAAUUGCUGCUGCUUGCCACAAUUUCUCUUCAGAUCGAUGCAUGUCAGAAUGUCUUUCGUCCACCAUAUAUAAAGCUUCCUUUGGUGAUGAUGCUUCAAGUUCAAAGAAAUUUGAAGCUACUGUCACCCGCCUCCACCCAUCAUCUCAGGGUUUGAAGGAAUUCAUAAAUGAGGUUAAUACUCUUGCAUCUUUACAGCAUCCAAACCUCUGUAAAUUGCUAGGAUUCCAUGCUCGUGAUAAUUCGGAACAUAGAAUGUUGGUUUAUGAGAGGCUAUAUCACGGAAGCUUGGACCGCUUAUUGUAUGGGAGAUCUGAUGGACCAUCAAUUGAUUGGAAUACAAGAAUGAAAAUUGCUAUAUGUGCUGCACAAGGACUUACUUUUUUGCAUGAAGAAGGGCCUUUUCAGGCAAUGUAUAAUGAAUUUUCAACAGCCAACAUUCAGAUUGACAAAGAUUUCAGUGCAAAGCUUUCAGGAUAUGGUUGUGUGGGACAUAUUCCUGAGGAAGAGAUUUCGAGCAGUUCAUCUGCUGUUGGAAACCUAUCAGUGGAGACACUGGAGAAAGGAAUGCUCACUCCAAAGAGCAACGUAUGGAGCUUUGGAAUUUUUCUUCUGGAGCUACUCACAGGAAGAAAGAAUCUUGAUAGCCGUCACCCCAAGGAAGAGAGGAACUUGGUGAAGUGGAGCAGGCCUUUCCUAGCUGAUGAGUAUCGUCUGUCAUUGAUAAUGGAUCCUCAACUCAAAGGUCGUUUUCCUUCUAAAGCAGCAAGAACAAUAGCUGACAUUGCACAAAGAUGCCUUCAAAAGGAGCCAUCAGAAAGACCAACAAUGAGAACUGUUGUUAAGCAUCUCAAAAUGAUACAGGAUUUGAAGUACUCUUGCAGGUUCCCUCUGAAAGAACCAGCAUCAAUCUCUGGAAAACACAUGUCAAGAUCACCAAGUCUUAAUGGUAUCAUAUGUCCUGCACCUAGGUUGAGUUUCUCUCCAUCACCACCAUCAGCAGCCCCAGUAUCUGUUUCUCCUCCAAGAUGGUCUGGAGUGCCAAUUGUCCUUCCGCCGCGUGCUUGUUCUUCAACUCUUUCUUUGGAGGAGCUUGAUAGGCAAGAAAGCCGCAAGUCAUCAUCCUCAGCCUCUAGGAGGGCUAGUGUUGAAGGAUGUUGAUUGUCUAUAAUGUUCAUUUUUUAUUUAUUAUUUUUUUUUUUGGUGUGAUUCAACACAAGUUUAUAGGAGAUAAAAGAUGUGUGGUUCUUCCACCUUUUAAUCCCUCAGUGUGAUAUGCCGAGAGGAUGUUCUUUUGUAGAUAGUGCAAAGGUUGGUCUAAAUUUUCAAUUAGUUACCCCAUUUAUAUGAAAAUCUAUAUGGUCUUUAACAUUAUGCU